AGGAGCCUGUGAAACUGCUCACCGUGCCUCCUGAUUUCUGCAAAACAAAUUUUCCUUUGCUUGAAAGGGACUCUUUGAGCUUGUGGGGCCUACUUUGUCAACAUACAGCAGGAGGUGGGGUGAAGCCCCCAAAUGAAGUCCCACCUCUGGCUUCAAUCCUCUGCAGACAGACAGAACAGCAGAGAGGAAGAUGGAGAAGCACGGCAUGAGCUGGUCGUCAGUUCUGGUGCUAUGUGGUCUGCUGCCUCUGAUUGCCCAGGCCGGAAAAGAGAUGCCCAAGCUCUCUAACAAGAAGUUGUGUGCUGAUGAUGAGUGCAGUCAUCCCAUCCUCAUUGCUCGCGCCCUCCAGGAUUAUUAUCCUCAAGAUUGCCGCUUCAUCCCUCUACGCCAGGGUCAACUUGUUUAUGUGUUUGCCAUGCUGAAGGACCAUGGUAACCUCUUCUGGGCAGGCAGUGUUCAAGGUUCUUACUAUGGAGAGCAGGAAGCGCGUCUUGGUCAUUUCCCGAGCAGCGUUGUAGAAGAAACUCAUGCCUUAAUGCCAGCGGAUGUCGAGGUGAAAACUACCAAAUGGGAUUUUUACUGUUACUGACUACUUUUCUGGUUUCACCAAAAAACGACGCCUGGAUGACACGCGAUUCUUUUGUGUAAGCACUGCUACUAUCUUGGGUCAAUGACCUCGGGGUUAUUUUUCUUUCUUUCUUUUUUUUGCGAAGGACCCUUCAUGGCUGUGAGCUGCCUAUUAAAUGUGCUAUGAACAAAACAAACACUCAAAAUAGCAGAUUCGGUUCUUAUUUAUCGUGCUUUAGUCACUGGAUAGAGUCAGGCUUGAGCAGACCAUUUCUGAUGUUCAAUAAAAAUAAAUAAAGCUGCUUUGAAAUGUG